GUUUUCCUUGCUUUCUAUGAUUAUGAAUCCUAAAUGUUUGGUCCAACCUAUGUUAGAGCACCUCCAUUGAUAAGAAUGAAGUGAGUAUCAAACAAUAUUAUUAUAAUAAUAAAAACAGGUAAGUGGGAAGAAAGAGAGAGAUACAGCAUCUCUUCUCCGAUAUGAUCAAAACGUUUUAGGAUGUUCUUAUUACAAAUAGCAUUGUAUCAUUGGCUUAAAACUAAGAAUCCAUUGUGACCAUGAUUAACUUCAAUCUCUUAACUGAGAUUCUUACAUUCGGUUAAGAGACGAUUCUUAAUAUUUUUUUAUUUUAAUUAAGAAAAACUAAAAACCGUCUCUUAAAUAAUAGAUAUAAGAACCGUUUUUUAACCGAAAAGUGUAAAAAAAAAAUGUCAAAGAAUUUCGACUAAGAGACCGGAGUUAAUCAUGCUUUUACCAAUAAGCUUGCUCUAAACAUCUCAAUAUAUAUAAAAAAAGAGAGAGAAUCUCAAUAUCUCAUAGCAAAAGCCAAACUAUAUGAUAUUAAGAAUUGAACUAUGCGAAAAACAAAUUUAUAUAUUUUUACGAGAUUAUUUAGGUCCAGAGGCAGAGAGAUACUCUAAUGAAAAAAACUGUGUUAGUGACUCGCCAAACUGAUUGGUGGUAACAACCAACUUGUAUGAAAAUUAUUACACAACGCACAUUUUGGAGGACAAAGAAAGACCUACUACUGUUACAGCUUCUUGUGGCUGCAAAAGCCAGUUUGAACAACAUGAAUUAAGAAAACUUCCGAUUUUUCCUUUCUGUUAAUAUAUUUUUACAAUUAUUUUAUGUGAAUUGGAAUAAUAGGAUAGAGACAGACACUGUAGGUAGUCUUGCAUGUUAGCUUUUGAAGCAGGUUUCUGACUAGACGAACCCAGAGGCAGACACAAUGUCGAAUUCCUCAAUAAUUGGGUUUAUUUCUGUUACCAACGUCUUAAGAACGUGAAAUAAUCUUUAUAGGAAAAAAAAGAUUGUACAUAUUUUCAUAGUAACAUAAAAAGGUGUAGUUCUGAAGAUUGGUUAUCUUUUUUUUUUUUUUCAUCAAUAAGUUUUUAUAUUAAGGGAAUCGGGCCAAGCCCAUAAACAUAUUACAUAAAAGCCCACUAAAAAACCCAACCGGACUAAAAUUCGCUAUCCAAAUGGGCCAAUUCCAUCCGGCUCAACUUGGGGAAACCCUACACUCAUCGACUCUUGGAUGCGGCCGCCUCGCGUGACGUCCUGAUCGAUGCGAGGACACGUGUUUCCAUCCUCGACUUCGAGGGUACACGUGUCGCAAGAUCGUCGCUCCACCACUGAUUCACGUCAUCGCCGGCGCUCUAAUCUUCGGAACACCGGAGCAAACCAGGCGUCUAUAGCUCCUCUAGUCAUCACCGCCAUCAUCUUUUGGCUUCUAAAACCGGAGAGAAUCAAUCGCCGCGGCGAGAUCUCAUCCGUCGUCACCGUUAACCGCAUAACCUAAAAGAACACGUCGCAUGCAUCAUACCCUUUCCACCGGAGAGCUUCACUCUCCUCCGACGAGAACAUAACCGAACAACACAUCUAAACCGCAGAAAUAAAAACUAGCGAAAUAAAACCCUAACGUACUAGGAAACCGGAAGCCGGCGGCGCAAGGCUGUGGAAGCCUUCACCCCCCGGGAACUAGAGCCGACGACGGCGGAACUGAAGAAGCUUCCCCGCCAUGGAGACAAGGACCGGCGACGACGGAUCUGUGAAAGCCUCCGUCUUCCGGAGAAAAGGAAACGACUACUGAAGUCUUCACCGCGCCAUCCAUCCCGCAGCCGCGUCGUGACUCCAAGACCAAAACCCGCGAGCGGUUGAUGGCUGACCAGAACCCAGACAAGCGGAAACCGGAGGAGACGAGGAGGAGACAGGACAUGCAAUUUAAUCUAACAGAAAAAAGGGUUCCGGCGGCGGCACGGACGCUCACGCGCCGACCGACCGCCGGAUCCCCUUAAUAAAGCUUUCUCUCUCUCUUUUUCUCUCUUAGAAGAUUGGUUAUCAAAAAGGAGUUUAUAUGAGAAAAUAUAAAAGAAAGAAAAAACAUGUGAAUGAAGUUGACUUCAGGUCAAUAAGGUUUGGGCCUUGCAGAAUUGAUUGGGGGAAGAGAGUUAGAGAACUAUUCGAAGCCCAUAAGGAACAUGAGAGAGAGGAAGCUGUUAAGUUCGUUACAAAACAGAGGUUUUCAUUAUUUCUUCGUCUACUACUUUUCGAUUUCCGUAAAGCUUCGUCUCUAGAUUCACGACCUUUUCAGAGUGUCCUUGUAUGGUUUUGCUAUGAAGCUCAUACAAAGUUCUUCUAAGUCCCCGCCCCCCUGGUGCUAGGUUUGCGGUGGUGGGUUCUGACGCCGUGACAGACGCCGGCGGAGGAAUGAAAAAGAGGAGACUUUUAUCGGUUGCUUUAUCGCUCUCGAGGAGAGAGAAAGUCAACUUUUUUUUAACCAAUGUAUAUAUUUAUGUAAUAUAUAGAACUACGUACAUUUUGAUUAGUUUGAUUCUGAUUCUGAAGUAAUAUAAUGUGGCAUGAAUGACCACAAAUGGGCUAAACAAGUUAUAGUUUUCGUAUUUAUUAUAUCCGGUUUUGAGAACAGGUCCAUACGAAAGAGAAGAGUUAGCCAUGAAGGGGAACCUUGUCAUAUCUUCGUGCCUGGAGAGUUCGUUUAUUCGUGGCUGGCGACUAAAUGAUGACUUACCAAAUAUUCGUUUUCUUACUCAAGCAUUUUUAGCAGAGUCGAAGUAUAUAACUCAUACAUUAGUAGUACAGGAAAUAUUCCUAGGCAUAACAAGUCUCCACUCGUACAACAAUAGAUUCAACAACAGAAGGACUCUGGAUACACGAUCUUGUCGUUGUCGUGGAAUGUGUCUAGCUAUGUUUUUUUAUACAACUCUGCAUUAUUUAAUUUUCUUGCCGGAUUUGACUUUUCUUGAUUAUUUCGUUCAAUCGUAUACAUGAUGUAUAUCUUAUUUUCAUAUAUGCCGAAGUUUUCACUAAGCAAGUUUUGUAUUGCUCUUGAUUUUAUAGAAAUUUGAAAGUCAGAGACAACAUGAAGAUUCAUCUUUUGUUGGUCAUCAUUGGAACCUAUGCCGCUAUAGUUUUAGCCCAGACACAAGAAGGAUUCAUCAGUUUGGAUUGUGGAUUACCUAUUGAAGAAUCUCCUUACGAUAAUGAAUUCAAUGGAUUGACAUUCACAUCGGAUUCCACAUUCAUCCAAACAGGGAAAAGUGGUAGAGUCCAUAAAGAUUUCAAGGACGUAUUAUCAAAACAAUAUUUGACUCUGAGAUACUUUCCUGAAGGAAAGCGCAACUGUUAUAGUCUAGAUGUCAAGCCUGACACAAAAUAUCUCAUCGCGGUUAGCUCCGUAUAUGGGAAUUAUGAUGGUCUUAAUCUUGAUCCAAACUUUGAUAUCUAUAUUGGUCCUAAUAAGUGGAUAAGUAUAAAUUUGAAAGGAAGACCAAAUGGUACUCUAGAUGAGAUCAUACACAAAUCUAUGUCAAACUCUUUGGAUAUAUGUCUUGUUAAGACAGGAACAACGUCGCCAAUAAUUUCAGCCAUCGAAAUACGGCCACUCAGGGACAAUACUUAUGUUAGCCAAUCUGGUUCACUGAGGCUGUCUUUCCGGGUGUAUCUUAACAAUUCCGAUGGAUUUAUAAGGUACCCUGAUGAUGUUCGUGAUCGUAUUUGGAAUCCAUUUUUUGAUUCUUCAUAUUCACAAAUAACAACCAAUCUCAACAUAAACAAUUCAAAUGCAUAUGAAGUACCAAAAACUGCACUCCAGAGUGCUGCCACGCCUAGAAACGCCAGUGGACCGCUGGUCAUCACUUGGAAUCCCAAACCCUCUAAUGCUCAAGUGUACUUGUACAUGCACUUCGCCGAGAUUCAAACCCUUGAGGCCAACGAGAUCAGAGAAUUUGACGUUAUCUUGAAAGGGAACUUUAAUCAUUCAGGUUUUAGCCCUACAAAGUUAAAGGUAUUUACAUUAUUCACAGAAGUACCUAUGCAAUGUGAUUCGGGAGGUUGCCGUUUAGAGCUUGUAAGAACUCCAAAGUCAACUCUUCCACCUCUGAUUAAUGCUCUCGAAGCUUACACGGUUAUUGAAUUCCCAAAACUGGAAACAAGCCCAAGUGAUGUUGACGCUAUCAAGAACAUCAAAGUUACUUAUCGACUGAGUAAAAUCAGUUGGCAAGGAGAUCCGUGUCUCCCUAAAGAUUGGUCGUGGGAAAAUCUUAGAUGCAAUUACGUAGAUCUCUCCACUCCACCACAAAUCGUUUCCUUAAACUUGUCAGAAAGUGGAUUAACUGGUAGCAUAGCUCUAGCUUUACAGAAUCUCACACAAUUACAAGAACUGGACUUAUCGAACAACAAUUUGACUGGACCAGUGCCUAGUUUUCUUGCCAGCAUGAAAACGCUGUCCUUGAUAAACUUAAGUGGGAACAAUCUCAACGGUUCAGUUCCUCAGGCUCUUCUUGAUAGAGUAACGGAAGGACUUGUGUUAAAACUUGAUGGAAAUCCAGAUUUGUGCAAAACUAGUUUAUGCAAUCCAAAAAAGCAGAAAAAGAAAUUCUUGAUACCGGCUUUUGCAUCAGCUGCCUCUCUGCUUGCUAUACUGGUGGUGGUGGCUCUUGUUUUUGUUUUCCGAAAGAAAAAGCUGCCUUCAGAUUCACCAGCUCCACCAAGUAUACCCGUAGCGGAUAUUGGUCACACUAGCCAGCCGGAAUCGUCAUUCCCUUCGAAGAAGAUUAGGUUUACUUAUACUGAGGUUCAACAAAUGACAAAUAACUUUGAGAGAGCUCUCGGUGAAGGAGGAUUUGGAGUUGUUUAUGACGGUUGUGUUAAUGUUACCCAACAAGUAGCUGUCAAAUUGCUGUCCCAAUCAUCAUCUCAAGGCUAUAAGCAUUUUAAGGCUGAGGUGGAACUGCUUAUGAGAGUGCACCAUAUAAAUCUGGUGAGUCUAGUUGGGUAUUGUGAUGAAGGAGACCAUUUGGCCCUCAUCUAUGAGUACAUGCCAAAUGGAGACCUAAAGCAACAUUUGUCAGGGAAGCGUGGUGGAUUAGUUUUGAGCUGGGAAAACAGACUAAGAAUAGUUUUGGAUACAGCUCUAGGACUGGAAUACUUACACACAGGAUGCAUACCACCAAUCGUUCAUAGAGAUAUAAACAGUACUAACAUACUAUUGGACCAAAAUUUCCAAGCUAAACUAGCUGAUUUUGGUCUUUCAAGAUCUUUUCCUACCGGAAAUGAAACACAUGUGUCAACGGUUGUUGCUGGCACUCCUGGAUAUCUUGAUCCAGAGUAUUACCAAACAAAUUGGUUGACAGAAAAGAGUGAUAUAUACAGUUUCGGAAUAGUAUUACUGGAGAUCAUUACAAACCGUCCUAUAAUUCAGCAGUCCCGCGAAAAGCCUCACUUAGUAGAAUGGGUCAGCUUUAUGAUAACAAAAGGAGAUAUUGGAAGUAUUAUCGAUCCAAACCUCCAUCAAAACUAUGACAUUGGUUCUGUCUGGAAGGCCAUUGAAAUAGCAAUGUCUUGUCUGAGUCCUUCUUCCAUAGGAAGACCAAACAUGUCUCAAGUUGCUAAAGGUCUAAAAGAGUGUCUAAUAUCCGAAAAUUCAAGGAUAAGCGAAAGUCGAGAUGUUGAAUUAAGAACUUCAAUAGACUACAGCAAGGACAUGUACACCGAGGUAAUCCCUGAAGCUCGUUAGCUCGCCAAAUAUAUCUUUGCUAGUUUUAUUUUUUAUGAAUCUUCCCAUUUGUAUUUUCCAAAAGUUUGUUGUCAAUGAUGGCUACGGUGUUUUUCACAAAUAACAUGUGAAACUGAAGUUGAGUCGUCGUUUGAUGAAUAUGUUGUGAUGUAAAAAACGUGAGCGAGAAGUUAUAUUUAUACUGAUAUGUUGACAACGAUAAGGAUCAACCCAUUUGAAAAUCAUAGAAGAAAAUAUUCAUCUUGAUCGGUAAUUGUAACACUUACAACUUACCGCCAGUUUGUCCAUACAACAUAAGUUUGUUCCUCUCCUUUCAUGUCCCUGGGCCAAAGCAUUUUAAUAAAUCAUUUGAUGUGUUUCUCCAGCUAUUGAUAUAUGAGUUGUAACUACUAUAGAGAAUGGUAUUCUUACAUACAAUAUUUUAUGGAAGUAAAUUUUCAGAUUAGAACAGUAUAUAUGUGGACAAUAAGUGGCUUUUCAGCAUAUAAUAUAUUAUUUGGAUGGACAUAUGCUUUCCAACUAAAACACAGACUCAAAAGGUGUUGGUUUUAUCUAUCAGAUGAGAUUUCUAUGAGGCGAUUCGUUCAUCUCUGUUCUUCAGGAUAUGGUCAUUCACUUUAUCGUUCUUCAAAUAUCUGAAGAACAAAGAUGAAUAGAUGGCGGCUUUUGAGAACAAAAAUGCAACGUUCUAUACCAAAAUGCAACGAUCUCUACCACUCAACUAAAUACUAGCUUCACCCUUGAAGUGACCCUUGAGGCGCAAUAAUCUCUACCAAAAUUUUGAAAAUUUUGUUCCAUGUCCAUUUCUGUUACAAUUUUAUGCUGUUGUUUCUUUACAUCUGAAUCAUACAUAGGACUGCUGGUUAAUUAAAUAAUCCAGAGGGAUAAAGGUUGUUAGCACGUUGUGAGGUCAUGGUGACCAGUUAUCCUGGUUGUUUCUCUUCUGUAAACAACCUUUUAUAAUAAAAAAAUCAAAGUCAAGGAUCAACCUUAAUCUUGACUUAAAAUGUACGAGCAACUAAUCCGAGAGGCGAAAACUGUUUUCUUUUUGACUUAAAACUGUCCAGAAAAAUGAAGAGUCUUCAAGGUCUUUUGCUAGCUCUGAUCAUUGUGUCUUUUGUCACUACUGCACAUCUGAUUCAAGCUCAAUCUGAUCCCAAAGGUACACUCUCUCAAACAAUUUAAAUUCCCUUUGUUUCAGUAGAAUUUGAUUUUUUUUUUUUAAGUUUUGAAUUUAAAUUCCCUUUGUUUCUUAUAAUAUGUUUGACAUGGAUUUGUGUGCAAUCUCUUACCAGAAUUCAUCAACUUGGACUGCGGAUUACACCCCGCAGCAUCUCCUUACA